GGAGACUGGCGCCUGGUUCUAAAAUGAGCCCCCGUACAAAGCAUCCUUUACUGCGGUUGCCACCCAUUACAAUACAAAAUAUGGCGGUUUUUGCAGUGGUGAGUAGUUUACAAAAUCAUUGUCUUAGAGCAGUAGCUAGUCAGUUGCCAGACCACGAAACCUCGUUGGGAUUUCUUCCAGUAGAGAUAAAAACGAAACUGGUUAAUUUGCUCUCCAAGCGUGGUCUUCUGACGGACUCCAACCUUGCAAAUGUAUUACAUCCCUCCUUAAGAGAACUGGAGUUGUGUGAGUGCACGAUAACAGACAAUGGACUUACUUGUCUCUGUGUUUGUAAAAACUUAAGGAAGUUAGACUUAAAUGCUACCAAGAAUUCAAGGGAGACUAUCACCUCUAAAGGAAUUAGUGAAGUGUUUUCGUCAUGUUGUAACCUUCGAACAGUGUAUCUUCGCCGAUGUGCUAAUCUUACAGAUAAUGCAGUUGCUGCUCUGACUCAACACUGUAGUCAUUUGGAACAUCUCAAUUUAUGUGGAUGUGUCAAAAUUACAGAUGCAUCACUUCAGCUCAUAGCACACAACUGUAGAUUUCUUCAAAGUCUCAACGUCUCCAAUACAAAGGUAGCUGAUGAUGGUAUAAUGUACUUAACAAGUGGAAAAUGUCAACAUUCUCUUAAAGAAAUUCAAGUGUCACACUGUAUUAAUAUAACAGAUGUCAGCAUUGAAGCACUGCUGGCUUGCUGUCCAAGAAUAAACAUUCUUAUCUUUGAUGGCUGCCCUGGCGUUACAGACAGAUCUCGUCAAGCUCUUGAGGAAGCUAUGCUGCAUGGAGGGCGUAUGAAACAGUUGUCAUGGACAGUGUACUAACUGUUGAUUGGUUCUCAAGGUUGUAUAUAGGGCGGACAAAUCUCUUGCUAUUGAUAUUAAAAAUGUUACAGAGGACCACCAUGGUGAAGCAAUUCCAGUGUCAUUCGCCAACAGGGAUGGCGCAGUGGUGCUUCCUCUUUAAUUAUUGCAAUUUAUUUUAUUUUAUUUAUUUUACUUUAACAACGCCUUUUGAUGGGACUUUACUGAGCAACAUCACUUGAAGACACCUGGUUAAUGAGGAGACUUCGUUAUCACGCGCAAUGGUUGUGGUUUUUAAGUACCUUUCUCUUGAAUUCACGCGCUUAAUGCGGAUAAGCCUUUCAAUACACACAGCCCUUUGUGUGGUCCAUAAAAGGGUUCGACUCAAUCCCAAAGUUUAAGCUUGGUACUAUGGAUAUCGCAGCCGGAAUGGCCACACGUGUUCCAUAAAGUUGACCAGUACUUAUAAACAGGUGAAUUUAAGCGAAAAUCAAGCUGUUACUGCUUGAACUUAUCAUCAAACUGGAGUCAAAGGUACCGUCCAUUAAUAAAGGGGUGUAGUGUAUCAGUAUUAAUGUGGUGUCUGUAAAACAGGGUUGUUAACCAAUACUAGUGUUAUCCGUGUUGGCUCGUCUUUGGCUCGUAUAAUUGGAUGAUCGCUCUUCUCCCACAAAUGUGGUAAAAGCUUGUCGUCACAUGAUGAUUUCCGCCAAGCUCUGUGGGUUUUCUCCGGGUUACGGUUUUUCCAUAAGGAAAACGAGGAAGUACAAGGGCCUAGUGUGGUAGCUAAUGAAGCACGUCACUAAAGAAUCAAACGUGUUUCUAAUACAAGGACCUUCUGGGCACCAGCUUUGCUCAUAAACGAAUACCACCUAGUGUAAACUGCUAUAAUUAAAGUUAAUCUAAGCAUAUGUGACAGAGUAUAAAUAAAAAACCAUUCUUUGUAAAGCCAUACAUUUCAAGUUAAAGAUAGCUCGCGCAGGGCAUGUGGCCAGUGGGUGCCAUAGUUUUAAGAUAUAACGGACUUUGGAUUAAAUUCGUAUCAUUCAUUUUCUUACUAACAGUAAAUUGAACCAAAAGAAUAAUUAACUAAAGUCAUAGUUAACUCUACUCUACUGUUCGUAUUAGAAAGGGACAAUAUUAUCUGAUUUAAGUAAUGCCGGCUUCGAGAAGCUGAACAACUGUGGUUUAAUUUCUAGAAAAUACUUUGCUCACUGUGUUGUAAUUGGUAAGGGUAAAGUAAGGUAAAGUCUGCAUACGAACCAAAUGGUCUAACAGGCCGGCGCUAAUCUCCGGUUUUUGUAGCAUGAAGCGAGUAGGAAUAUUUCUACUCCUGCUAGUCCAUCCCAGGGUUAUACACCUGGGUGGAG